AUGUUUGGUGCUUCACUGCGAAGAGGCUUCUUGCUCUGCCUGAGCUCUAAUUCAACCAUUCCUAACCCCUCUCCCUUCCCCAAUCCGCCAUUGCUGCUGCCAUUAACUUCCCUCCGGUUCCUGUCUGCCCGAUCCAGUGAAGAAGAAGGUUCCCCUACGGUGGUCUCGCUCCUCGUCGACUCUCUCGGGUUCUCGCCGGAAACCGCCCUAUCAGUUUUCAUGAAGCUCCAGAACAAGAACCCUAGGAACGCAGAUUCCGUCAUUAGGUUCCUCAAGAGCCGCGAUUUCUCUGCUGGUCAAAUCUCCGAGAUGGUGCAGAGAUUCCCUGGAAUCCUGGGGCUAAAUGCGAAUCGCACGCUUCUGCCUAAGCUCGAGUUCUUCCAGUCCAAAGGUUUAUCGCAGUCCGACCUUGCGAAGUCCUUAUCCCACCCGCAUAUCUUAUGUAGGAGCUUAGAGAGGUCCAUAAUUCCUAAUUUUAAUUUCUUUAGGAACCUGCUUAAGUCUGAUAGGAAGGCUCUGCAAUCGAUUAUUCGUGCAUCCCGUCCCGGAGAUCACAAGAUUACUGUCGUACCUAAUCUGAAGUAUCUUCUAGACAAUGGCGUGUCCGAAUCCAAUGUCGCUUUCAUAUUGCAGUAUCGCCCCGGCAUGCUCUAUGCUAGUCUUGCUAGGUUGAGCGAGGCAAUGUCGGUUUUGAAGGGACUGGGAGUCGAUCCACAAAAAACUGCUUUUCUACAUGCUUUAUCAGCAGUGCUCGGGAUGUCUAAAUCCAGUUGGGAGAGCAAGGUGAGAGUUUAUCGGAAUUGGGGUUGGAGCGAGGAGGAGUGUCUUUCUGCUUUUAGGAAAUUCCCGCAGUGUAUGAUUGCAUCUGAGGAUAAAAUCAACUGGGUCAUGAGUUUCUUUGUGGACAGAAUGGGAUGGAAGCCUUCCCUGAUUGCUGAGCGGCCUGUCCUUCUGGCACAUAGCUUUGAGAAGAGAAUCAUCCCGAGGGCUGCGGUUUUGCAGUUCCUGCUAUCUACAGGUCUAAUCGGCAAACGUUAUAGCUUGGUCCCAUUUUUAACGAUGUCUGAGGAGGUCUUCAUGAAGAGGAUUGCUAAGUACCCAGAGAUUGCUCCGGCAACAUACUGGAAGAUACUCGGUGAAGAUUUCAAGAUGGUUGGGAUAUUUCGUACCCUGAAGUUCAUACCACGUUGGAUACCGGAUAACUUGUGCUUGCAGAAUCUUUGUUUUUGGUCGAUGGUUGCUGUCAACAGCUAUGUUUCUCUUUCUUCAUUUGUUGCCUUGCUAAUAGGAUGUUGUGGAAGUUGUGUGGAAACUGUGGAAGCGGAUCUCGACGAGUACUGCGUCGUCGAGUGA